AUGCCUUUCUCCUUCGAGCCCUGCCUGCCUUCCCUGCGCGCUAAUCCCCUCCCGCUGAAGAGCAGCAGUUACAGGCUCCCUGUGAAUCAUUUCAAGCUGCGCUCAACAGAUGCUGCUGUAACUUCGGGUUUUGGCACAGCUAAAAAGAAGAGGAAGAGGCCUCUGUUCCUGGAGAAAUACGGCUACUUCGGCGAGCGGGGGCCGGGCCCGCACAGCCCCGCCGCGUUCAGCCGGGCGCUCAGGAUUGGGCCUCUUGUCUCUCAUGAGCUGCCUCCUGGGCUUGUGGGCGGGCGCUGGUACAAGCGGCACCUGAGCUACCGGGUGGUGAUCUGGCCGCCCUGCCUGCCGCCGCGCCAGGUGCGCUUGGCCGUGAGCGCCGCCUUCCAGCUCUGGAGCAACGUGUCCUCCCUGGUGUUCUGGGAGGCGCGGGACGGCCCCGCUGACAUCCGCCUCACCUUCUUCCACGGGGACCACAACGACGGGCUCAACAACGCCUUUGAUGGACCAGGAGGUGCCCUGGCUCACGCCUUCUUCCCGCGGCGCGGAGAAGCUCACUUUGACAGCGCCGAGCGCUGGUCCCUGCGCAGCGGCAAAGGGCGCAACCUCUUCGUGGUGGUGGCACACGAGGUGGGGCACACCCUGGGGCUGGAGCACUCCCCUGCCAAGAGCGCCCUCAUGUCUCCCUACUACAAGAAGCUCAGCAAGGAUUUUGUCCUCAGCUGGGAUGACAUCUUGGCUGUCCAGAACUUGUACGGGAAGCCCUCCAAAGGCUCUGCCAUCCAGCUCCCAGGAAAGGUCUUCACUCACUUCCAGGACUGGAGCACAGAUCUUUACAGUGAGGACCAGCAGCAAAGAAGCCUCAGCACCUACUACUGCCACUCAUUCUUCGAUGCCAUAACUGCAGACGCAGAUCACAACCUCUACAUCUUCAAGGGCGGGCACUACUGGCAGGUGCUGGCGAGCGGCAACGCCAGCGACCCGCGGCCCCUGCAGCCGCGCUGGCCCGGCCUCCCCGCCGGCAUCGACGCCUGCGCCUGGUCCCAGCUCAGCCACAAGUUCUACUUCUUCAAAGGCGGCCGGUGCUGGCGCUACUCGGGCUCCACCCUGGACGCGGGUUUCCCCCAGAAGUGCAGCGCCCGCGGGCUCCCCCGGCACCCCGACACCGCGCUCUACUUCCAGCAGCUCCGGCGCCUGGUCCUCUUCGGCCUGCCCCCCGGCACGGCGGGCGCCCUCACCCACCGCGACGGCUUCAUCUACUUCUUCCGGGAUGACCAGUACUGGCAAUUCGACCGGGCCAAGCUGCAGGUGGUGGCCACUGGCAAGUGGGCCACCCAGCUGCCCUGGAUGGGCUGCUGGGACGCAAACGGUGGGCAGGUCACCUUCUGA